UGAUAAAAGAAUAUUAGUAUUUUGCAAUUAGAUACAUAAAGAUAUACCAUUUAAACAAAAUAAAGAAAUGCAAUGAAAAUAAGAGCUGCUUACAUUGACGUUUAGAUUAAGAGAAAAAAUCGAAGAGACGGAGGAGCAUUCUUAUUCCUCUCUCUCCAUCUCUAUCUAUAAAUACGACCUUACGUUAAAAUGCUCUCUUUUUCCUUCUUCCCCCUUUUUUUUCUCUGCUUUGUCUUCUCCACGACUACCAACCCGUUCCCGGUAAUCUCCCGGCCGGCUUUUGACCGUCCACCUCCGACCACCGGAAAUUUUUUAUUUACCGACAUUUAAUAUCUUACAGGUCUUCACUUUCUCUCCCUAUCUUUUACCUUUCUUUAUAUAUAUAUGCUCUUACCUUUUAUAUAAACUUAGCUUCAGAUCUCUUACAUAUUUCCCAAGACUCCCGCCACUGGUCUCUUUUCCGGGCUAUUUUUGUCAAGAUUUGUUCCUAUUGUUUUCCGUUUCACAUGUAUUCUGGAUCUUGGAAAUAUCGUUGAAUGGUCUAGGAAUACUAAUGCAGAUUCAAUAAUAUUUUACAAGUUGUAUGCAAUUUCAGAUUUGGUACUUUUGUUAUCAAGUGUUUUAUAUUUGCUCUUAUUAGGGUGAUUGAAAUUCUAAUUAGGUAAGCUUCGAUGUGGAUUGUUUAACAUUGAAAGUAACAUUUAAUGUUUUUGUGGUUUCUUAUCUUAAAGCUUUUAAUGUAAAAUGAACUACAUUUCUACGCUUCUUUAUCCUUUCAUAAAUUCAUCUCACAUUCAUUUUUCUCAGCGUCGUCUCCCAUCAAAUAAAUUUCAUGCAAAAGCUUGAUUUUUUUUAUAUGCAGGCUAUAAGAAUGUAAUUUCUUAGGUGUUUACUCAAUAUACGAAUUUGAUUUUACCAACAGGAUACCAAUAGCAACUUUGUGGUGAUGUAUGAAUCAAAAAGAUCUUCCUAACAUUUGAAACCAAGGAAAUAAAUUCAACCCUAGAUUAUUCGUUAGGUGGAAAAUUUGAGUAUCAUGGAUGCCCCUAAAGAGUCUGGACUUCGUAAUGUUAGCUCAGUUUGCUCCAUUCCAGAAAUGGAUGAUUUUGAUCUCACAAAGCUUCUGGAUAGACCAAGACUGACCAUCAAAAGAGAAAGAUCAUUUGAUGAAAGGUCACUUAGUGAGAUGUCUUUAUCAAGAGGCCUUGAGAAUUUGGAUGUUGCAUAUUCGCCAGGUGGACGCUCUGGAUUUGAUACACCUGCUUCAUCCACACGAAACUCUUUUGAACCCCAUCCAAUGAUUGCUGAAGCCUGGGAUUCUCUUCGUAGAUCAUUGGUACAUUUCAGGGGACAACCAGUUGGCACAAUUGCUGCAUAUGAUCAUGCAUCUGAAGAAGUUCUAAACUAUGAUCAGGUGUUUGUAAGGGAUUUUGUACCCAGUGCACUGGCGUUUCUAAUGAAUGGGGAGCCUGAUAUAGUGAAGAAUUUUCUAUUGAAGACACUUCAACUUCAAGGGUGGGAAAAAAGAAUUGAUAGAUUCAAACUCGGGGAAGGGGCAAUGCCUGCUAGUUUUAAAGUUCUUCAUGAUCCAGAAAGAAAAACAGAUACAAUUGUUGCAGAUUUUGGUGAGAGUGCUAUUGGAAGAGUUGCACCUGUUGAUUCUGGAUUCUGGUGGAUUAUAUUGCUUCGUGCAUAUACAAAGUCUACUGGAGAUUUAACCCUAGCUGAAACUCCAGAUUGCCAAAAGGGAAUGAGGCUUAUAUUAACUUUGUGUUUAUCAGAAGGUUUUGAUACGUUUCCAACUUUGCUCUGUGCAGAUGGGUGCUCAAUGAUUGAUAGAAGGAUGGGGAUUUAUGGUUAUCCUAUAGAGAUACAAGCUCUUUUCUUUAUGGCAUUGAGAUGUUCAUUGGCAAUGCUGAAACUCGACUCAGAGGGAAAAGAGUUUGUGGAAAGAAUAAUGAAGAGGCUGCAUGCAUUGAGCUUUCACAUGAGAAGUUAUUUCUGGAUUGACUUUCAACAACUGAAUGAUAUCUAUCGCUAUAAAACAGAGGAGUAUUCUCACACUGCUGUAAAUAAGUUUAAUGUUAUUCCUGAUUCAAUCCCAGAUUGGGUGUUUGAUUUUAUGCCAACACGUGGUGGUUACUUUGUUGGAAAUGUGAGUCCAGCAAGGAUGGACUUUAGGUGGUUUGCUUUAGGCAACUGUGUUGCUAUUUUAUCUUCUCUUGCUACCCCUGAACAAGCUUCUGCAAUUAUGGAUCUUUUUGAAGCACGUUGGGAGGAGCUUGUAGGUGAAAUGCCUAUAAAGAUUUGUUAUCCUGCAAUUGAAAGUCAUGAGUGGAGAAUUGUUACUGGUUGUGAUCCUAAGAACACUAGAUGGAGUUACCACAAUGGAGGAUCUUGGCCAGUGCUUCUGUGGUUGCUAACGGCGGCAUGCAUCAAAACGGGGAGGCCACAGAUAGCAAGGAAGGCGAUUGAACUGGCGGAGAGCCGCCUGCUGAAGGACGGGUGGCCGGAAUACUAUGAUGGGAAAAAUGGAAGAUACAUUGGAAAGCAAGCAAGGAAGUAUCAGACAUGGUCAAUUGCUGGAUAUUUGGUAGCAAAGAUGCUGUUGGAAGAUCCAUCACAUUUGGGGAUGAUUUCUCUUGAAGAUGAUAGACAGUUGAAACCCAUCAUUAAGAGAUCUUCUUCAUGGACUUGCUGAAAAAGUACACAAAAGGUGAGGUGAAUAAUCUCCUGAUUAUUAUAAAAAAAAAAAGUUGCUUGAAUUCUUCUUCUGAGUUGUGUCUUGUUUAGGUGAAUUUGAGUGUUUUGUUAUGUGUACAUUACCAUUUGACAUGUCUUGUCUUAUUGCUUCUUAUAAUAAAAAACAUGACAAUGUGAUGUUGCUCUUAUUAUUUAUCUUCAAAUUUGCAAAGGUGUUAUGAGAUUUCUAUUUGUUUGUGAAGACUUUAC